CAGCCAACUGUUAAAGAUACAAAAUGUAAUCAAUCGGUUUUAAAUGAGUUUUACAUUAUGUUGGAUUAGAACUUCACACAAGUUUCCUCAAAUAAUUACAAAAGAAGCAUCAAAGAAAGAGGUUGGAGAAGCCGCAACAAGUGGUUCCAAAGGUCGCCAUCUAUUCCUUCGAUUGCCAGCUCUCCACCGUCGUUAUACAAUAUCUAUCUUCGGUAGUUCUCCCUCGUUAAUCACCCUCCGUAUACAUAAAAAGUAAAUACGAAGAAUGACGGAGCCACAGUCAAAGAAAUCUAAGAUGACGAGCGCGUUGGACCAGCUUAAAUCAUUCACUACGGUUGUCGCCGACACCGGCGAUUUCCAAGCUAUAGAGAACUUCAAACCCACUGAUGCAACCACCAAUCCAUCUUUGAUUCUUGCCGCCGCAAAUCAGAAAAAAUAUGCACACUUAAUCGAUAAAGCUGUGCACUACGGUGCCAAAGUUGGAACCACUUUGGAGGAACAGCUAGAUGCAGCUAUUGACAAGACAUGCGUUCUUUUUGGUCAAGAGAUUCUGAAAAUUGUACCCGGCCGUGUUUCUACCGAGGUUGAUGCCAGACUUUCGUUUGAUAAGGAGGCCAGCAUUGAAAAGGCUAAGAAGAUCAUUACUUUGUAUGAAGAAGCUGGAAUCAGUAAAGAACGCGUUCUUAUCAAGCUUGCUUCUACGUGGGAGGGCAUUCAGGCGGCAAAGGAACUUGAGCAAACAUAUGGAAUUCAUUGCAACUUAACUCUCCUAUUCUCUUUCUACCAAGCUGUAGCCUGUGCUGAGGCUGGAGUAACUCUAAUUUCUCCAUUUGUCGGAAGAAUUUUGGAUUGGUAUGUUUCAAACACCGACAAGAAAACCUAUGAACCAAAAGAAGAUCCCGGUGUUCUUUCUGUAACUCAGAUCUAUAAUUACUAUAAAAAGUUUGGUUACGAAACCGUUGUAAUGGGGGCUUCUUUCAGAAAUGUUGGUGAACUCAAGGAAUUAGCUGGCUGUGAUUUGCUGACUAUCAGUCCUAAACUUCUGGAAGAAUUGGCCAAAAGCAGCGACCCUGUGAAACAGACUCUAAGCGUAUCAGCUGCCAAAAAAAUGGAUCUCGAGAAGAUAUCUCUUGAUGAAAGCAAGUUCAGAUGGUACAUGAACGAGGAUAAAAUGGCAACCGAUAAAUUAGCUGACGGUAUUCGAAAUUUUGCCGUAGAUAUGCGUAAGCUUGAAGAUCUGCUCAAGGAUAAGUUGCAGGCCUAAUUACAUUUCACAGAUAAAUAUUUGCAAUAUGAUAUUACAAGUCUUUAUAUAAUUUCAAACGUGUUAACGAAACCCAAGAUAUUUUUUCUACAUUCUAUUGGUGACUAAGAGUUGUGAUAUCGGUGAUUAUUUUAUAAAAUUCAUAAAUACUUAUUCAUAUAUGUAUAUCUAAACUCAA